AUGGUGGACACACUCAAACCGAUCAUUACGUCCUUGUUGGACACAGAUGCAUACAAAUUACACAUGCAGCAGGCUGUUUUCCACUUCUACCCCUCAGUUCACGCGGCUUUUGAGUUUCAUUGCCGCAAUAAAGAUGAUCAUUUUGGUGACGCGGCCGAUACAAUACGUGAACAAGUUUAUCUCAUGCAAAAUAUUGCCCUCACAGAGGAUGAAUAUGAGUACUUGGCGUCGAAACGAUUUCUACGAAAGGACUACUUGGAUUGGCUUCGCAACUUUCGGUUUAACCCAAAUCAGGUAACAGUGCGAAGUGUGCCGACAAGCGAUGGGGAUGAAAUGGAUCUUGCCAUCACCAUUGAAGGUCCGUGGGUAGAGACAAUUCUUUGGGAGGUGCCGCUGCUGGCCGUUGUGAGUGAAGUGGUGCAUCAACGCCGCACACCGAACGUUGGAGUGACGGAGGCGCUGGCGCAUCUUAAUAAAAAACUGGAGACAUUAUUCGACCACACGCCUCUGGAUACGAUUGAGAGAUUGACAGUCUCAGACUUUGGAACCCGACGUCGCUUCAGCUUUGCCGUGCAGGAGGCGGUUGUAAGGACGCUCCAGCAACAUCCCAAGUUUGGUCGUUACUUACUUGGCACGAGUAAUUACCUGCUGGCGAAGAAUCUGAAUCUUCCGGCAGUUGGCACUCAAGCACACGAAUGGUUUCAGGCUCAUCAACAGUUGGCUCCCACGUUGCGUGACUCGCAACGGGUGGCCCUGAAGCAGUGGCUGGUGGAGUACCCACAUGAUCUUGGUAUUGCACUCACAGAUUGCAUCUCCAUGGACAGUUUCUUGCAUGACUUCAGUAAGGAUCUUGCUGAUGCGUACGUUGGCCUCCGUCAUGAUUCCGGCGACCCUGUCAAGUGGGGGGAAAAAGCCGUGCAGCACUACCGCAAACUUGGCAUUGACCCAAAAACUAAGACACUUGUCUUUUCUGACUCUCUAGAUUUGGAGAGGGCCGUGAUGCUGCACCGUAUCUUUACUAGUGAGGUGAAUGUCGUGUGCGGAAUUGGCACACAUCUUUCGUGUUCCAUCCCUGGUGUGCGUGGGCUCAAUAUUGUUAUCAAGAUGACUGGCUGUGAGGGGAAGCCCGUUGCAAAGUUGUCAGAUACCCCUGAUAAAACGAUUUGUCGCGACAACCAAUUUGUUUGUGAGCUGAAGCGUGCGUUUGGUUUGCCAAUGGCGGCUGCUGCGGCUGCGACCGCUGCGGCCGCUGUCGCAGCGGCCGCAAGCGACGACAGAAUUCGCCGCCGAUAA